CGUCCCGCCGCCGCUGCUGUCUCAACCAUGCUGUCCGCCCGCGCCCCGCUCGCCGCCCGCCACGACCAGCUCCGGGUGUCGCCCAAGAGGAGCCAGUCUCCUAUGAAGAGUCUGUCGCCCAUGAAGGGCCUGGUGCUGAGCGACAAGGAGAACACGCCCCCCGCGCUCAGCAGCGCCCGUGUCCUGGCCAGCAAGACGGCCCGCAAGAUCUUCCAGGAGGGCGACAGCAAUCCGGUGCCGCGGGGCGUGCCGGAGGAGGAGCCGCUGCUGCGGGAGAACCCCCGCCGCUUCGUCAUCUUCCCCAUCCAGUACCACGACAUCUGGCAGAUGUACAAGAAGGCCGAGGCCUCCUUCUGGACGGCGGAGGAGGUGGACCUUUCCAAAGACCUCCAGCACUGGGAGUCCCUGAAGCCUGAGGAGAAAUACUUCAUUUCUCAUGUCCUCGCCUUCUUUGCUGCCAGUGAUGGCAUUGUCAACGAAAACUUGGUGGAGCGGUUCAGUCAAGAAGUACAAAUCACAGAAGCUCGUUGUUUCUAUGGCUUCCAGAUUGCCAUGGAAAAUAUACAUUCAGAAAUGUACAGUCUUCUUAUUGACACAUACAUUAAGGAUUCUAAAGAGAGGGAAUUUCUUUUCAAUGCUAUUGAAACGUUACCAUGUGUUAAAAAGAAGGCAGACUGGGCCAUGUGCUGGAUUGGGGACAAGAAAGCAACAUAUGGAGAACGCGUAGUAGCCUUUGCAGCCGUUGAAGGAAUCUUCUUUUCUGGCUCUUUUGCAUCAAUUUUUUGGCUGAAGAAAAGAGGAUUAAUGCCUGGACUCACUUUUUCUAAUGAACUCAUCAGUAGAGAUGAGGGUUUGCACUGUGAUUUUGCCUGCCUCAUGUUCAAGCACUUGAUACACAAACCAUCAGAGGAGAGAGUAAAGGAAAUCAUCAUGAAUGCUGUUCUCAUAGAACAGGAAUUCUUGACAGAGGCACUGCCUGUAAAACUGAUUGGCAUGAACUGCACUUUAAUGAAACAGUACAUCGAGUUUGUGGCAGAUCGGCUUAUGCUGGAACUGGGAUUUAACAAGAUAUACAAAGCAGAGAAUCCUUUUGACUUCAUGGAAAACAUCUCCCUGGAAGGCAAGACAAAUUUCUUUGAGAAGCGAGUAGCAUCCUUCUGCAGCCUUGUGAGCUGCUCUGCUGCCAGGGACGGCAGUGAGUAUACUUUCUGACUGGUGAUGGCCAAAGCUUCCCUGCUUCUCUCUGGAAGAUGUUGCCUCAUUAAGAUGAAAAUUUGUCAGCAUUUAUCUCCUAAAUACUCAACCAGCAAAGUCCUGAUAGAAUUCAAGAUGAAGUAUUUGGCUUCAGCAGUGUUUUUUGUGGUGGGUAUAUCUGUAAUGAUUUUGGUUUGAUGUGAUCCAGGAGCUUUCAGUAAGUAUGUUUAAGUGCUUCAGAAUGGAUCUCCAUCUCCCUAACCCUGGAUCUCUGCUCUGGGAGACGUUGAAAUGUGUUCUUCUGGUUCAGGACACAGCAGUCAUGAGUUGCCACCUGCUUGAGUUUAAUCCUGGUUCUAUAAAUAGCAAAGAUUAUGGUGACAGUUGAAUUUUCACAUCCCUGUCUCUUGGUAUUUAAUUGAAUGAUUUAUCUCUUCUUGAACUUAUUUUCAAGGUGAGCCUCAAAAAAGAAAUAACAGAACCCCUGCAUUUCCUUGCUUUAAAAGCUACCAUUCAGCAGGCAGUGGUGGCUUGGCAGGGGAACUCUGCAACAAUGAGCAGGUGUCGGGUGAAGGUAGAAAAGAGUUGGAGGUAGGGAGUGUAUUAGAAAGCAGCAUUUCAAGAUAGGGAAACAUUGGCUGGGCCAAGUGUUCAGUGUCUGUUCUGGCUGUAAAUUUGUGCCAUGUCACUUAAAAGCAAUGUCAGCUAUAAGAAGGACUAAAUGUAAUUCACCCAUAAAAGAAAUUGAAAUAUUAAGUGUACAUUGGAUUUGGUAAUAACUUUAGGCAGAAUAACCCUAGGUUUAUUGGAGGCUUAGCAAUAACUUUGCUGUUUCAAUUACCGCUUGUGAAAAUGGCAUCUCAUACUACUGAUAUAACUAUUGCAGUUACUCUUGGUAAUACUAUAAAUAUGUACAAAUAUACAGACUUUGGAAAAGUUAUUCUGAUCUGGGUUUAUUGCAGUGUGUGGAUUAAGACUGGCAAAUGUUGGGCAACCUAACAGGAUUAUUUUUAAUACACAUUUUCAUAAAAUAGUUAUCCCUUGUCAAAUUGAAAAGCUGUUUACUAUGCUAAAUAGGCUAAUUUUAUAGUAAGUUUUUAAUUUUGCCACCUUUCCAUUAUUUAGCUGUGAUGCUGCACUUGUGGCUACCAAAUCCCUGGG